AUGUUUGUGUUUAGUUCUGCAGCAAAUGGUGGCGACGGCACAUUUGCCCCGGUGUCAACAGUAUACAACAAACUGACACGAUCGAGUCCCGAUCUUCUCCCUAUAUUAAUGCAGCCAGACUGGCCAUUUGACAGAUCCUCCGGAGCAACAUUCUACAAACGCCCAGUCUUGUUCCUGAAUGACAAUAACCAGCCUGAAAUGGUCUUCAGCCGCGGCGCGCUUAUACGAUCCCCUCGAGGUCAGCGGCCCCUCGACAUACCCAAACUAACGAGGAUUCAAUGUGAAGCGCUAGACGCGGUGCAUUUUGCGGCGGCGGAGGCAGCCCAUAAAAUCCAGUAUCAGGAGGGUGAUUUAUUGCUGUUCAACAAUCGGAGGAUUCUGCAUGGGAGAGAUGGGUUUACGGAUGCCAGUGACGCGGGCCAGAGGCAUAUGGUUAGGUUAUGGCUGAAGGAUGAGGAGAUGGCUGGGAGGCCGCCCGAUUUAGCCUUGCAAAAACUUUGGGAUAAUAUCUUUGCCAGCGAUAGUGAAGAUGAGAGGCAGCACCAAGAGAGACAUUGGCCAAGUGUGCCUGAUCUGUCAUGA